GUUCUCUAAAGAAAAAAAUCUACUCAUAGAUAAAUUUGUUUCGGUGAGCAUUGAUGGGCUUCCCCGUGCAUGAUGAGGAAAAACAGAGGAUUUGUGGUGCGACUUUGUAAAAGUGAAAAGAGACACAACCUAAGUUUCUCAACGCCUCCAUGAAGCUCACAAAGUAUCAACCAGACUACAAAGCCAUCAGCAAAACUAUGCAGCACCAGAAGUUGCAUUCACGCUGUGAACAUCUAUCAUGUGACUCUCAAGCUCACUUGUAAUUGGCUGGCGAGUGAGUCGAUUGUGCGACAGGUGAUGCGGAAGUGAAGAUACACGUUUGUCGCAGGCGAAGCUGACCAGUACAAGACGCUGUUGAAAAUGAACAGUCUAAUGCCAUCUGACUUGUGGUCUGAGGUCAAGAAAGCCACCAAGAUCCUGAGAGGAUUCACUGAAAUCUCAUCUGGUAAUGGGCUGGACAAACUCAUUCCAGCCAAUGUAAUCGCGUCGGCUGAGGGGCUCGCCAUCAUCUCCGUGGUGAAGGCUGGCUUCGUGAUCACUGCAAGAGGAGGCAGCGGAAUUGUCAUCGCCAGGCUGGGUGACAGACGUUGGUCGGCUCCUUCUGCAAUUGGCAUUGCUGGCCUUGGUGGCGGCUUUGAAAUUGGUGUGGAGGUGUCUGACCUGGUUAUAGUCUUAAAUCAUCGGCGAGCCAUUGAUGCGUUCACAAAGGGUGGGAACUUGACACUGGGUGGAAACUUUACAGUUGCUGUGGGUCCGGUGGGCAGGAACGUUGAGGCAGAUGUUACUCUUCGCAAAAUGGCUGCCGUCUACACCUACUGCAAGUCCAGAGGGUUGUUUGCCGGCUUGUCUCUGGAAGGCUCGUACCUGAUUGAACGCAAAGAAACAAACCGCAAGUUCUACUCGCGGGAAUUGCGAGCGUCUGGCAUUUUGAAUGGCGACGUGGAGCCACCACAGGAGUGCGACAGUCUUUAUCAUAUGUUGAAUGCAUACACAGAAGGCCAAGAUACAGACUUUAGUCGCAAGCCUGUCAUCACAAAGUCAUCGCGUCCUCCUGGCAGACCUCCAGCUCCUACGGCACGGGGAGCAGUCAGCGCUUAUGAGAACCCAGAUAAUCUUGGUGCAGUAGGAAAAAAGUCACUAUACCCAAGUAUCUCCAUCUACAAAUCUGAAACUUCAAGAGGCGUGCCAGCGGACGGAGCCAGUGAAACCCUGGUGGUCACUGCAGUGCACCCAUUUACAGGCCAACAGCCUGGAGACCUUAGCUUCCAGCCUGGCGACCGCAUCACCAUUAUUACCAAGACCGAGAGCCAGUACGACUGGUGGGAGGGGCAAUUGGGUGGGAAAAGAGGCAUGUUUCCAGCAAACUACGUCACAUACUGACUGCUGCCACCUGCUGAGUUACAGGAGAAAGCCAACUGUAGUUAAAGCAGGUUCAGGUGCAAGGAAAGCUGUUAUGGAUCCAUUUGGUAUCCAACCUAAGCUCCAGUUGCUAGUACACUCUUCAAAGAGACUUAGCAGGUCAAGCCUCAUAGUGAGUUACCAUUAUUUCUCUUAGACUGCUUUAAACAAAAGUUUAUAAAAUAGCAUUUUUACCUUUCAAAUAAAAGCGAUUUUGUGUUCAAUAA